AAAACACAUUUCAUAUUCCUGUCGCUUGCAUGAAUAGUCUGUGUUCUUUAACAAGGCAUUUCUGCAAGUCACAAUGAUCGGCUUAAAAGACGAGAGUUCCUGUUACUCCUCCAGAUUUUGUGUUAGAAGAUCAAGUUUUGCUCGUGCAACACCCUGCUUCACAGGAAUUAGUGCUGAGUAAAGCAAAGGGAUCUCUGUGGCUGAUGCAAACCUGAAGAAUUUACAUCAUCAUUCAGCACUAGUAAACUAGUGUGCAGCAAUCUAAGGCAUCAGUCUCAUGCGGAAGUUGACUUGGUCUCCAGUGAUAGGACAGCUAAGGCAGGUGAAUAAACAGGUGUUACCAAAAAAAAAAAGGAGCAACAGCUUGUAGAAUUAGUUGUGAAAAAGUUUGCCACCAGAAGCAUCCAGCACUGGGUACUACCUGCAUCGCACUUUGAGUUUUUACAUUGAGAUUCCAUUGUUCUUUUUUUAUUCAUCAUGUAUAAGAGAUCUGCUUCUGCUGAUGUCCCUAUGAUAACUUCCAAAGGCAGCUAUCCCACCAAGGAAUCAGAAGGCAUGUUAUCCUCAAUUAACAACAAACAGGAGAAAGUGGUGCUUAAAAAGAAAGUAACUUUGUUAAGAGGGAUCUCACUCAUAAUUGGAACUAUAAUUGGAGCAGGGAUUUUUAUAUCUCCCAAAGGAAUACUACAAAAUACCGGCAGCAUAGGAAUGUCUUUAAUUGUAUGGGCAGCGUGUGGUAUCUUGUCGCUCUUUGGUGCUCUUAGUUAUGCUGAACUUGGAACAUGCAUAAAAAAAUCGGGUGGUCAUUAUACAUAUAUACUGGAGGCCUUUGGUCCCUUACCUGCAUUUGUCAGGGUCUGGGUGGAAUUACUAGUCAUUCGCCCAGCUGCUACUGCCGUGAUAUCACUAGCAUUUGGACGUUAUAUCCUCGAGCCCUUCUUUAUGCCAUGUGAAAUACCAGACCUCCCUAUCAAAUUAGUCACAGCUCUUGGAAUAACUGUUGUGAUGGUCCUGAACAGUAUGAGCGUUAGCUGGAGCGCUCGAAUUCAGAUUUUCUUGACCUUUUGCAAGCUUGCAGCAAUUCUGAUAAUUAUAGUCCCUGGUAUUAUGCAGUUAAUUAAAGGUGAGACUCAGAAUUUCAAAGACGCCUUUGUUGGGAAGGAUGUCAGUGUUAUGGGACUACCCUUGGCUUUUUAUUCUGGAAUGUAUGCAUAUUCUGGUUGGUUCUACCUCAAUUUUGUUACUGAAGAAGUUGAAAACCCAGAGAAAAACAUCCCACUUGCAAUAUGUAUAUCAAUGGGAACUGUAACAGUUGGGUAUGUCUUAACCAAUGUGGCCUACUAUACAACCAUUACAGCAGAAGAACUAUUAGCUUCCAGUGCAGUUGCUGUGACAUAUGCAGAGCGUCUCCUGGGAAGUUUCUCAUUGGCAGUUCCCAUCUUUGUUGCUUUAUCAUGUUUUGGUUCCAUGAAUGGUGGGGUUUUUGCUGUAUCAAGGUGAGAUACUAAAACAACUAUAACUGGAUGUUUCUAUGUGGCAUCUCGAGAAGGUCACCUUCCUGAGAUCUUUUCCAUGAUUCACGUACACAAGCAUACUCCAUUGCCAGCUAUCAUUGUUUUGCAUCCUUUAACAAUGGUAUUGCUUUUCACUGGGGAUAUCUACAGUCUUUUGAAUUUCCUGAGCUUUGCUCGAAGCUUUUUUCUUGGCCUGGCUGUUGUUGGGCUCAUUUAUCUGCGAUACAAACGACCUGAGAUGCAUCGCCCUUUCAAGGUUCCCAUUUUUAUUCCGGCAAUGUUUUCCUUCACCUCCAUGUUAAUGGUUGCUAUGUCAUUAUAUUCAGACCCUAUAAACACUGGGAUUGGAUUUGCAAUUACUCUGACAGGAGUGCCAGCUUACUACCUCUUUGUCGUCUGGGAUAACAAGCCAAAAUGGUUCCGAAGAUUUUCAGGCCGAGUCAUUAUGCUGCUGCAGAUUCUUCUGGAAGUUGUGCCAACAGAAGAGAACGUUUCCUGAAAAGACACAAAUUUGCGUUGGAACAUGCCAAUUGCCUUUGACUUGACACAUAACACACACAGUACAUUGCUGUAGUUUAUACAUGCUGCAUACAUUAGUUUAUUGUUAUGUACAGUAGAUUUGAUUUUUUAUUUAUUUUACAUCAUUUUCUGUUACAUUAUUGAAAACAGACCAAAAAUGCCUACAGUUAAGCCUAGCACACACUAACAUUUUAUUUAUUUUUUCUGGUCAACCCAGCAGGGUGAAUAAAAAAAAAAGGAAGAGCUCAGCAGUAGCCUAUA